AUGAUCGGACCGUCAAAGACCGUCAAUGUUGUGAGCGUCGUAGUGUUGACGUUAUUGUUGAUGACGUCAUUAGUUUGGGGUGCUUCUAUGACCGAUGUCACACAAUUACAGUCGGAUCUUCUUACAGGUUACAAUAAGUACGUCUGGCCUGCUGAAGACAUCUACCAACCAGUCUAUGUCAACAUCACGUUUUUCCUGGUUGGAAUAAGAGAUUUCGAUGAAGUGACUGGAAAAUUUGCUGUGACGUCAUUCAUGUCUGUCACGUGGGUGGACCGUCGUAUGACAUGGAACCCUUUUGCGUAUAACUCCACGUUUUAUCUUCCUUUUAACGGAAAGCAGGUCUGGAAACCAAAUAUCAUUCUGGUCAACCCAUUCACUUCCGUAGGUAAAGUCGGUGAAGACUUCAUGGAGAUUCGAUAUGACUUCCAGGGUAAUGCCAAUUGGUCUCCUGGUGACGUCAUGAGUAGCGCGUGUGACAUUGAUGUUACGUAUUAUCCAUUUGACACACAGAAAUGUCUUUUGCGCAUUAUGCCAUGGGGGGCACCUAGCUCAGAACUCGUGUUCCUUUCUUCUGUCGAAAAGGCCGACCUCACGUUUUAUUCAACCCAUGGUACAUGGGAACUAAUUUCAACUAAAACAGAAUCAGUUGUGGCUGGUGGCCUGUCUUACUACAAUGUGGAAAUAACCAUGAAAAGAAGGCCCUUGUUUUUCGUUGUGAACGUUGUUUUACCUAUCCUGUUCAUGGCCUUCCUGAAUUCUCUCGUCUUUGUCCUACCUGUUGAUAGUGGCGAGCGGGUUUCGUAUGCCAUUACUGUCCUGCUUGCCAUAGCGGUCUUCUUGACUCUUGUCGGUGACAACUUGCCGAAGACCUCACAGCCAAUGUCCAUACUCUGCUACUUUCUCUUAGCAGACCUUGUGAUGAGUUCUUUCGUUUCUAUAAUCACGAUCCUGGGAUUGCGAGUGUACUAUAUCAACGACCGUCCUGUGCCAGGCUGGAUUUGCCGCGUGGUCGUCUGCCUCAGCUGCGGAUCGAACCGCAAACGGAAUUCAACAGAACGUGUCACACCGUCACCGGAUACAUUGUCAUCUCCCCAUCUGAAAUUUGAUAAUGUAGACGAAAAGAAACGUCCGAAGAGCAGGAAAAUUGCAACCGGAAAGCAACAGAUUACGACAGUGAUGAGUGUGAAAUCUCGACAGUCCGAUAUAAGUAUAUUUGACGAAAAACCGGAAGUUCAAUCAUUGGAAGUUGACGAAGAACCACCCGUGACAUGGAAACAUGUGAACCACGCCAUCGACAAAAUCACAUUUGUGUUCUGUUUGAUUUGGAUGUUUGUGAUAUGUCUUGCAUUUUUUAUUACGGUAUCAAAUGCAUAA